CUCAUUCACUUGCAUAAAUGCACUAAAGACAUUCAGUGACGAGUUGUUAGGAAGUAGUGAAUCUAUUGCAUUAAUCAUCCUUGAACUCUGAACAAUGCACUAAAUGCUGUAGCAGUCAGGCAUAUUAUUGAUUUUAGAAUGCAUAUACUCUUUCGCCAAGUUGCAACUCUAGUUGCACUAGGCUUUUACUAUCUUACACGUUAGAUAACUUUCAUUGUAAAAUAAAAUGAUUAUCAUAUUCAAAGCUUCGUGUUAUAAUCUAUGCGAAUAUUUAAAUAAUUGUUAUCAGGAUGGAAACAUAUAUGCGUAGUAAAUAAAAAAAAAAUUAAGUUUAAUUGACACUUAUUCAAACGCAUGACAAUGUAACAGAAAUAUACACGAACAAACGCCCAUCGAGGAACCAGGAACAAAUGAGGUAUUAAUAGAAAUGAGUUGUGUUGGAAUUUGUGGGUCAGACGUUCACUACCUUGACAAGGGUAGAAUAGGUGAUUUUAUUUUAACUAAACCAAUGAUUAUUGGUCACGAAUCGUCCGGAAUUGUUGCUAAACUAGGAAAAAAUGUGAAGAAUUUAAAGGUCGGCGAUCGUGUUGCUAUAGAACCUGGUGUGCCUUGUAGAGAAUGUACGUUUUGUAAAAACGGCCGUUACAAUUUAUGUAAAGACGUUGUAUUUUUGGCUACUCCUCCUGUACACGGUAGUUUGAGACGAUUUUACAAACACGCGGCUGACUUUUGUUUCAAAUUGCCUGACCAUGUAACGUUAGAAGAAGGAGCUCUUAUGGAGCCUUUAUCGGUUGGUAUCCACGCAUGCAAACGUGCUGGUAUUAGUAUUGGUUCGAAGGUUUUAAUUUUAGGUGCUGGACCAAUUGGCUUGGUAACGUUAUUAGUUGCUAAAGCUAUGGGUGCUAGUAAAGUUAUUCUUACUGAUAUAAAACAAGAUAAAUUAGAUACAGCGAAGAAACUUGGAGCUGAUGAUACAUAUUUAAUAAAGCAGGAGGUAUCCGAGGCAGAGAAUAUUAAAAAUAUUCGUGAACUAUUUGGUGAUGAUCCCGAUAAGACAAUUGAUGCAUCUGGUGCUCAAUCAUCAAUACGUUUAGCUAUAUUAGUAACUAAAUCUGGUGGCGUAAUCGUUUUGGUCGGUUGUAGUCCUCCUGAAGUACAGGUUCCGCUUAUUAAUGCUCUAGUAAGAGAAGUCGAUAUUAGAGGUGUUUUUAGAUAUGCUAAUACUUACAACGAUGCAUUAGAGUUAUUGGCUAGCAAGAAAAUAAACGUUAAACCGCUUAUAACUCAUAAUUACAAAAUAGAAGAAACUGUUGCGGCGUUUGCAAAAACAAAGUGCGAAAGUGGCGUUAUUAAAGUUAUGAUCCACUGCAAAUAAGGGAAUCAUAGCUUAACCCUAUUUUCAAUAGGAACAAAAAAAAAUAAUUAAAAAUAAACAGGAGAAUAUAUUUUUUUAAUUAUAUAUUUUUACACUAAGAGUCGUAGUUUUAAAACUGAAGAUGAAUUUUAAAUCAAAAGUAUAUGAUGAUAAUAGAACAAAUUUUAAGUAUACAUUUUAUGUAACUCUGCAGGUAUAGUAAAUUAAUAAUUGUUGAUUAAUGAUAAAUUCUAAAAAAAUUAGGACUUAUAAAAAAAAGAUAUGCUUUUUAUAUUAUUGACGAUAUACAUCUGUGUGUUUGUACAUAAAUGUGACCAUAUACAUGUACAUACACUUUUUAAGUGUUAAUCAAAAAUUAUUAAUUAUUAUAUUUUAAAUAUGACUAAAGUUUCUUGAUAAAGAACGAAAAUAUAUAUUAUUAAAUUUCGUUAUAUGAUAGUAUAUAUAUUUAUGUAUACAUAAUUAUUAUUGAUUAUUAUUAAUUUAAGAUAUAUGUAUUUAUAAGAGCUAUACUUCAGUUUUUUAUGUAUUUUACUCUAGUUGUUACUGUAAUUGAAGUGAAAAAAUAAUUAAGUAUAUUUUAUAUAAAUCUAAUUGAUUAAAUAAAAGUAAGCAACAUUGA